AUGGUCCUAUGCGACGCGCAUGAGCUUCUACCCGAGGGCCAUGGCCUUCCGCCAGGGGAUGUCUUCCAUCGUCUUUGGGGUCCUACGAGCAGUUUCAUGCAGAGCUACCAGGUGCGCAGACAAGGCCGCGACGUGCGCUGGUCUAGCCCUGAGAUCAGUGAGGAAAAGCCGUGGCAGGCAUCUGCUGAGCUCCAGUGUUCCGUCCGCGUCCCGGUGCUGGGAUGGCGGCCCUACAAAGAGGUGAUGCAGUUUGCGCUUUGUUACGAGCCUGCGGCUUUUGCUGGGAAGUUUGCUGACGUUGAAGUCAGCGAAGUUCUGGCUGUGCAGCAGGUGGGGAAUGUAGAUGCUGGCAGCAUUGGGAACUUCCGCAGCGAAAUCCUCAUGCUGUUCUACCAGCCAAAGUGUGCUGGACCGACUGUGUUGCGAACUUUGGCCCUCACUCCGCAGGGGCGCUUUUCGAAAAUGGCAGUUGAUGGCUACCACAAGGCGUUGGCAGACUUUCUGUCCGCAGUGAAGGAUGAAGCCAAGAAGUGGCACGGGAGAGGGUCGCAGCUACACCCACAGGCGGCGGCAGUGGCAAGUUCUCCGGCACCAGCGGAACGAGCAGAGGAAUGCUGCUUGGCUGGCGCCCGCAAGUUUAACGCCACAUGCAACUUGAUGUGA